AUGAAAAUGGGUGAGUGGGUUUGGUCAACAUAGAGAAUGUAUCUCCUACCCUCGGACAGGGUUAAAUAGCAAAGUUGGCAUGUGCGUGCAAGCCCUUCUUCCGAACAAGAUGGCUCGGCGGUGUCCCUUACCAGUGCCGGGUGACUUCAAUCAAAGCGCAUGCACCUGCUCGAGUACCUAGAAUGUCAACCACGUGA